GGUGCGUCAAAAGGCCCUUAAAGCAACCACAAGAAACAGGGUGCUAGGACCUUCACAAUAAAAGUCACAACGGAACACACCAGCGUGCAUGUUUUAAUUUGGAAAGAAGAAUCUAAAGCGGAGUUUCCUGCCUUCUGGCUAGCUUGACAGCAGGGAUGCAGGUGGAGCGGCUCGGCCAGGACCGUUCACAUCUGUCUUGAAGGAGAGAGGGGGGGAAGAAAACCUGCGUUCGGAUCUGUUCAACGCUCUGGAUAAAAAUUGAACAGAAAAUAAGCGUAGAAUCUCGAACUACGUCCAGACUAUACCCAGGGAUAUUUACAAACCUCCCCAAGUCUGGAGAAUAAUAUCGAAGGGAUUGCCGCAAAAUACAAAUCGCCAGCUCCCAUCACAGUCAUGGAACCCAUACCUGCGUAAAUCUUUGUGUUCUGUAAGUUUAAGGAGAAGAAUGGCAUUAAACUGAAAAUGAUGAGCACAUCAAAUGCUCAAGCAGACACCAGCAGGCUCUGAUACCCGUCUACUAUAUAGCUCCCUUCCUCUUUUGCUCAUUUUCUUCUACUUGCUCUCCUCCUGAAGAAAGAUCACAAUCUUCCCCCACCCCACCCCCAAGCUUUUGGCAGCAGCUCAAAUUUCCUGGAAAUUGCUCUGAGAUCUGGAUUUGAGAGAGGAACAUUCUAUUUUUGGUCCAGGAUAGACAAAGAGGCUUUUGAAGAAACAACUGUGUUGAAAUUAUCAUAUUCCCCCUCUUUUAUUCUCCCCCUAUUCCUCAGUCCCAGAGGCACCAACUGAUGGAGAGACGAAGGAGAGAAUCAGGAUAAGGAGAAGAAUUAGAACACUAGAGAGAGGAGAAAAAAGUGCUUAUUGGUCAGGCAAAUUGUAGUAGAGCACCUGUGAGGAUUGCUUACCCAUUGACUUUUAUAACCGAAUUCAGUACUAUAUGAUACUUCUUGUUUAUAUUCCUGUUUAUAUUACAGUCUUUUCUCCUCAGUGAAGAGAGAGCUGUUGCUCAUUAGACCUACAGCAUUAAGAAAGAAGGGGGACACAUCAGAACUUUGAGCAUGACAAGGGGGUUAAGAAUCCUGUAUUUGCCCGUGUGGCCUCUGGCCCUCUUCAGCCUGCUCACUACAGUGAAUAUGUUGGAAUUCGGUGGGGCGCCUGGCCAGUGGGCACGUUAUGGGCGCUGGGAAGCUGGAUCAGUGGGUGAGCUGAGCUUCAGUCUCAAGACCAACAUCAGCAAAGCCUUGGUACUCUACCUGGACGAUGGCGGUAACUGCGACUUCUUGGAGCUGUUGAUUGCUGGUGGGCGCCUCCAGUUGCGCUUUGCCAUCCACUGUGCAGAGCCAGCCACCGUACACAUGGAGACACGGGUGAAUGACGACCGCUGGCACAUGGUCUUGCUUACCCGCAACUUCCGUGAGACCAUGCUAAUGGUAGAUGGGGAAACAAAAGUGGCAGAGGUCAAGUCAAAGAGGAGGGAAAUGGCAGUGGUCAGUGACCUGUUUGUAGGUGGGAUACCACCUGACGUGCGACUGUCUGCACUGACAUCCAGCACAGUGAAGUAUGAACCACCCUUCCAGGGCUUGAUCUCCAAUUUGAAGGUGGGAGAGAUGCCUCCUACUUUGCUCAAUAGCCAGGGUAUUCAGAGUGACCUGGAGUACCUCUGCACCAAACAGAACCCAUGCUUCAAUGGAGGGUUUUGUUCUAUUCAGUAUGGAGAAGUUCACUGUGACUGCACCCUCACUCGCUUCAAGGGAAAGUACUGCAAGGAAGCUGAAGAAUAUGCUGUUGAAGGUCUGGCGCACCUGACGUUAAACGACCAAGGUGAUUCAUCUCAAGUUGGCAAGGAAGAGUCAGUAGCCACCUUCAAGGGCAACGAGUUCUUCUGCUACGACCUGUCCAUGACACCCAUCCAGAGCAGCACCGACGAGAUCACGCUUUCCUUCCGAACACUGCAGCGCAACGGGCUCAUGCUGCACACUGGCAAGUCGGCUGACUAUGUGAAUCUUUCCUUGAAGAGCGGCGCGGUUUGGCUAGUCAUCAACCUGGGCUCGGGGGCCUUUGAGGCUCUGGUGGAGCCUGUCAACGGCAAGUUCAAUGACAACGCCUGGCAUGAUGUGCGCGUCACCCGCAACCUGCGCCAGGUGACCAUCUCAGUUGAUGGUAUUUUGACCACUACUGGUUACACCCAGGAAGAUUACACUAUGUUGGGCUCUGACGACUUCUUCUACAUUGGAGGUAGUCCAAACACUGCAGACCUGCCUGGAUCUCCAGUCAGCAACAACUUCAUGGGCUGCCUGAAAGAUGUGGUGUACAAGAACAACGACUUUAAGCUGGAGCUGUCACGGCUGGCCAUCGAGCGUGACCCGAAAAUCACCCUGAAUGGUGACCUGGUCUUCCGCUGUGAGGAUGUAGCAGCCCUGGAUCCUGUAACUUUUGAGACCCCCGAGUCCUACAUCUCUCUGCCAAAGUGGAACACCAAGAAGACGGGCUCUAUCUCUUUUGACUUCCGGACCACAGAGCCCAGCGGCCUUCUCUUAUUCAGCCACGGACGGCCUCAGGGGCCUAAAGAGCAGAAGCCUGGUAGGGAGCUAAAGACUGAUUACUUUGCCAUGGAGCUUCUGGAUGGGUAUUUGUACCUGCUGAUCGAUAUGGGCUCCGGAAAAACAAAGCUCAAGGCCAGCAACAAGAAGGUCAACGAUGGGGAAUGGUGCCAUGUGGAUUUCCAAAGAGAAGGAAGGAAAGGAUCAAUCUCAGUCAACAGCCGCAGCAUGCCCUUCAGCUCCCCAGAGGGCAGUGAAAUCCUGGACCUCGACAGUGAUAUGUACUUGGGCGGGCUGCCCGAAUCUAAGUCAGAUCUCAUCCUGCCGCCAGAAGUUUGGACAGCGCUCCUUAACUACGGCUACGUAGGCUGCGUCCGUGACCUCUUCAUCGACGGCAAGAGCCGGGAUGUCCGUCGGCUGGCUGAGAUCCAGAGUGCCCUGGGUGUCAGCAGUUUCUGCACCCGUGAACUACAGAAACGCUGCAGCAGUGCCCCCUGUGGCAACGGAGGUCUUUGCAAAGAGGGCUGGAACCGGUACAUUUGUGAUUGCACUGGCACCGGAUACCUUGGUACCAACUGUGAGAUAGAGGCAACAGUGCUGAGUUACGACGGCAGCAUGUACCUGAAGAUCAUCAUGCCGGUCACCAUGCACACGGAGGCCGAAGACGUGGCGCUGCGCUUCAUGUCUCAGCGAGCAUACGGCCUGCUCAUGGCCACCACCUCCAAGGAGUCAGCGGACACCCUGCGACUGGAGCUGGACGGAGGCCGCGUCAAGCUCACCGUCAACCUCGAUUGUAUCAGGAUAGACUGUAGCCUCAGCAAAGGACCCGAGACACUGUUUGCGGGGCAGAAGCUGAACGAUAACGAGUGGCACAUGGUGAAGGUGGUGCGGAGAGGCAAGAGCCUACAGCUGUCUGUGGAUAACGUCACAGUGGAAGGCCAGAUGACUGGUGCCCACACACGUCUUGAGUUCCACAACAUUGAGACGGGCAUCAUGACUGAGCGCCGCUUCAUAUCCGUGGUCCCCUCAAACUUCAUUGGCCAUCUGCAGGGCCUGACCUUCAAUAGUGUGCCAUAUCUAGACCAGUGUAAAAACGGGGACAUCUCCUACUGCGAGCUGAAUGCCCGCUUUGGCAUGCGCCACAUCAUUGCGGAUCCGGUGACAUUUCGAACAAAAGGCAGCUACUUAGCAUUAGCGACGUUACAAGCGUACGCCUCCAUGCACCUGUUCUUUCAGUUUAAAACCACCACGCCUGAUGGCCUGAUGCUCUUCAACUCCGGAGAUGGGAGCGACUUUAUAGUUGUGGAACUGGUAAAGGGGUACAUCCAUUACGUCUUUGAUCUCGGCAAUGGCCCGUCGCUGAUGAAGGGCAACUCAGACAAACCACUCAACGACAACCAGUGGCACAAUGUGGUGGUGUCCCGGGAUGCCAACAAUGUACACACACUCAAGAUUGACUCACGCACCGUUACUCAGCACUCCAAUGGCGCACGCAACCUGGACCUCAAAGGGGAGCUGUACAUCGGUGGCGUGACAAAGAGCAUGUACAGCAAUCUGCCCAAACUGAUUGCAUCUCGGGACGGGUACCAGGGCUGUCUGGCCUCUGUGGACCUGAAUGGGAGACUCCCUGACCUGAUCGCAGAUGCCCUCCACAGGGUGGGCCAGGUGGAACGAGGCUGCGAUGGACCCAGUACCACCUGUACGGAGGAGUCCUGCUACCAUCAGGGGGUGUGUCUCCAGCAGUGGGAGGGCUUCACCUGCGAUUGCAGCAUGACGUCCUAUGGAGGCUCAUUUUGCAACGACCCUGGGACAACAUACAUCUUCGGGCGAGGCGGAGCCCUCAUCACAUAUACCUGGCCACCCAAUGACCGGCCGAGCACACGGGCAGACCGGCUGGCAGUGGGCUUCAGCACACAGCUGAAGGAGGCUGUUCUGGUCAGGGUGGAGAGUGCCAGGGGACUGGGAGAUUACCUGGAGCUGCACAUAGAACGGGGAAAGGUCGGCGUGAUCUUCAACGUGGGAACAGACGAUAUAACCAUCGAGGAGAGCGCGGUGAUGGUGAGCGACGGCAAAUACCACGUGGUGCGAUUCACACGCAGUGGUGGAAACGCCACGCUACAGGUGGACAACCAGCCCGUCAUUGAACGUUUCCCCUCAGGUCGCCAGCUGACCAUCUUCAACAGCCAAGCGUUCAUCAAAAUCGGUGGUGGAGAGAAAGGGCGCCACUUCCAGGGCCAGAUCUCAGGCCUGUACUACAACGGCCUGCAGGUCCUCAAACUAGCAGCCGAGGGCGACCCUAACGUCCAGACCCAGGGCAACCUGAGGCUGGUGGGUGACGUGCCCUCGGUGCUGACUACCGACACCACCUCCACCACCCCGCUGGCUGAUAUGUCCACCACAAUCAUGGAGACAACCACCACCAUGGCCACAACCACCACCCGCAAACAGCGCUCGCCAACCAUGAGGGACAGUGUGACACAGAACUCAGACGACCUCCUGGUAGCAUCGGCUGAAUGUCCUAGCGAUGACGAGGAUUUGGAGGAGUGCGAGCCUGGAAAUGGAGGUGAAUUAGUGUUGCCCAUUAUUACAGUGGACUCCCUAGACCCCCCAUCUAUCGCCACCCGCUACCCAGUAAUACCCCCGCCCCCCACCACUUACCGCCCUUUCCUCACCCUGCUUGAAACCACCAAAGAAUCCCUCCCCUUGCCCAACGGCCGGCCCCCUUGCCCCUUGGACCAGGAGGACUGCGAGGAAACCAUCGAGGUGUCGGCGUACGGCUCGGGGGAGAUGACCGAGUCAGAUGACGAGGACUAUUACAAAAAUUCCGCCCUGGUCACCGACAGGACUGUCCUCCCCCCUCCCCCGGCCGUCGAGGGUGGCGUCCAAAACCCCCGAGACCGCCAUUUCUCCCGCUUCCCCAACUCCCGCCCCCCUCUCUCCUCCACCCCCACAGCCAACCCCGACCAGCUGAACCCGCGCAUCAAGUCAGCCGGCGGCGGCAGCAGCAGUAGUAGCAACAACAUCCCUGCCGGGAAAAUGAACACCCGGGACCAAGUGCUGCUGCCGCCGGCCCAGCCCUCUUUGGAUCCAGGCCACCGUAGAGUCCCAGGUAUAACCUAUCCCCCAAAUUUCCCUCAUGUUCCCACUCCAGACCCCACGUCUCCAGAGAGAGGGCUCCCGGGUGCCGUGGAAGUGCAGCAGUCGAGCAGCACCACCGGGAUGGUGGUGGGCAUCGUGGCAGCCGCUGCCCUCUGCAUCCUCAUCUUGCUGUACGCCAUGUACAAGUACCGCAACCGCGAUGAGGGCUCCUAUCAGGUGGACCAGAGCCGUAACUACAUUAGCAACUCAGCCACACAGAGCAAUGGGGCCCUGGUGAAGGAGAAACAGCCCAGCACUGCCAAGACGGUCACCAAGAACAAGAAGAACAAAGACAAAGAGUACUACGUCUGAGGGAGUGCCGCCGUGACACACAGGGGCAGACAGCAGAGCACUUAGAAAAGGAAAGAGACGGCGGGGAGAAGGAGGGAGAGAAGGCAGUAUGUGGGAAAACUGCAAACACAUCACAGUGGCUAAUUCAUUUAAAACUUCAAGUAUUGUCAGGUGCUCAUAUGUGUUACCAGUUCAUCUCUAAUCAGAGGGAGGCAGCAAAAUGAGAUGGCACAGUGACAUCACAGCUCUCCUCACACAUUUCCACAUCACUUUGAUUGAUUAGACUAAACUUCAGUUACAUUCAAUGUUAACCACAGUGUGGAUUUAAGGAAAGGCUAUUACAUCUCUACACAUACCGUGCCAACAACCACGUAGCAAAUGCUGAUAAAACAGUGAUUCAUGGGUUAGCAUUUGACAGGCUGCUUAAUAUCCAGAGUACUGUAGGAAAGCAUCGCCAUCAGUAUUUGUGUCAAGGCCUGUACUUGAUUCUGAGGAGAACCUGCGUCACCUUAGACAGUAUCAAACAUAUAUAUGUUUUUUUUCCAACCGGGCUCGAAUUAGCAGAUCAAUAUACUGCCAGCUUACAGAAACACUGUGUCAAAUCCAGCUCCUCCACCUCUGUAAGUGUUCGACAUCUCUGAUCUCUCACCUCCCAUCGGAUCUCUCUCUCUCCUUCUCGUUCACCCACGAACUCUGUUUCUCUCCUUGUCUAUGGUGCCCAGCAGCCAAUGCAACGUAAACUCUGCCGUGUUUCAAGCAUGUAGUAUUCAUUUACGAAAAAGAGAUAAACUGUUUUUCCUUUCUGUGGAGUUUAAAAAACAAAAAAAUAUGACGCCGAUGACUGAUGAUCGUAACAACAUUAAAAGUAGCAACUAUGUGAGAUGCCACCGCUCCAACCUAACGGAUGCUAAAUUGUACAUUUAGCCGCCAAAAACUCGUCGAGGCCAAAAAAACACCCCUUUGGUCGUCCUUUGUUCCAGCAGAUCUGUGUCAUGUGUAUCUGGGGCUCUGAGGUGCCCCCUAGUGGGCCAGCAGAGAAACUGUCACGUCCUUACAAGUUACUAAUCACCGAAAAACAGAAAAAACCUCCAGCAAACAAGAUGAACUCUGUUCUAUAUAAUUAUAAAUAUAUGUAUAGACGUUGCAGAAACAUAUGGACCUAUGUGAGCGAAUCAAAAAGUGCGUUUGCUGAGACGUGCACAGCAAAAGAUGGGAUUCUUGAACAGCUUCACCGUCCAACCCCCCCCCCCCGUUCCUCAGACCCCUGCCCCCCCUGUCAUGAACAGUACGGCUGAUGGAAUGCCUUGCUGCAAGACUCAGUCACUUUGGUUUGCUCUUUUCUUUUCUUUUUUUUAAAUUUCUUUUCAUUUCUGGAGAAACGAGAGACAUUUUAGGGAGAUUCUGAAUUCAUUUGUGUUGGAGUUCCACUGUGGAGACAGAUACCUUGCAGCAACUGAAAAAGAGCAACUGUGUCGUUCGCCCAUCUCUAGCCUGACUGGACUGACGGCAGCCCGUGGGCAAAGCGAACUUAAUGGGAAGAGCACACAAAUAAAAGGAGAACAGUAGUUCCCUGAAAGAUGUACAACAGAACUCUAGUAUUCCAAUUUUCUCAAGUCUAUUAAGAAAAGAAAACUGUACCAUGAAAAGAAAAAUUCAGAAAAAAGUUUGUGAAAUGUCUAAAUAUUUGACUUUCAUCCCAUUACUAAGAGAAAUGUGUUUUCCCUACUAUCAUUCCUGUUUGGAGAAAAAAAAAUAACUAUGAUUCUGGGAAACUGAAAUUUCUAUGUAUUUUCUUUUGGUACCUGAGCAAAUAUGAUUUGGGUUAUGAACAUGAAACCAUGCAUUCUCCUUUUCCAGAGGAGAAAAUUUCCUCUUUUAUCCUCCAUCUGCCAUCCUUAGCCUCUUUCUUUGUUUUUCAUGCAUUCCUUUUUCUCUGUAGAGAUCAUAUGUCCCCGUACCCUGUGAGGAAAGCAGGUUCUAUCCAUCCUCCGAUUUUUAUUUACUUUAAUUUGUUUUUAUAUCUAUUUCUGUCUAUAUGGCGAGAGACAAGAUGGUAGUCAUUUCACUUGACGGGCUCCAUCGUUACACUCUUCUGCCACGUUUGUCUGGUUUCUCUCUUUCUCCAUUCCGAGCAUACUCUCCCAGUAUCUUCCUGUUCUUUCUAAAUGUUAUUGUAAAGUGUUCCAGUGAGAUGACUCUAAAUAUGUGUACAUUAACAGA